CAUUAUCAUUAAGUCGAUAAUGCAAUCUACAACUCCGAUUUUUAUUAUAGCAACAGCAAAAUGCUUCGGUUAUUCAUAUUUUGUGUAUUUUUUGUGAGUUUACGAGCUGAAGAUGACUAUAGAGUUGUUAAUUUGGAUGGAAUAGGUAGUGUAAGUGGAGAGAAAUAUUGGAAUGGAAAUUUUUAUGAAUUUUACGGUGUACCAUACGCGACUGUGCCUAAAGGAAGGGAUAAAUUUAAGGAACCAUUACCAGUAGAACCAUGGGAAGGAGUCAAGGUAGCAAAUGUGAGAAACAACGUUUGUCAACAAGUCUAUCUAACAGAUGACGACGACGAUAUCAUUCUCCAUGGAGAAGACGAAUGUCUUACUAUGAAUCUGUAUGUGCCUGAAGAAGCAAGCGAAGAGAACCCACUUCCAGUAAUAAUUUAUAUACACAGCGGCGCGUUUUCAGGAGGCAGUGGUAAUAUGGCAAAAUUAACUUACUUAGCAAGGCACGAUAUUAUUGCAAUCAGUUUUAACUACAGAGUGGGUGCUCUAGGAUUUGCUUGUCUUGGUACAGAAGAAAUUCCUGGUAACGCAGCAUUGAAAGAUCAGAUUGCUGCUUUGAAAUGGGUUAAUAAACAUAUAAAGAAAUUUGGUGGUGAUCCGAAUAAAGUCACGUUGGCUGGCUUCAGUGUUGGUGCUGCUAUGGCAGAAAUACUUGCAUUGUCUAAGUUAACUGACGGAUUGAUACAUAAAUUAGUUUUGGAAAGUGGAUCUGCCCUAGCGCCUUUUGCAAUAAACAGACAUCCAAUAACUACUGCUACGAAUAUAGCAAUUCCUAUGGGGUAUAACAACACGGGUAAAAUAAAAGAUCUAACAGAAUUUUACUUGAAUGCGUCAGCGUUGGACUUAGCAGUUAAAAGCAAGAACUUCUUUUUAACUAACAGCACGUUCGGAUUUGCUCCUUGCGUGGAGACUAAAGUUCCUAAUACAGUACCCGUUUUGACUGAAUCACCUCUUGACAUUAUAAAGAGAGGUGACUUCAAGAAAAUUCCUAUUUUAACCGGCUAUUCCAAUAUGGAGGGCAUAAGUCGAACAAUCAAAUUUGGUGAUUGGAUGGAUGAUAUGAACAAAAAUUUUGCUGACUUCCUGCCAGCUGAUUUGGCAUUCAACGAUGAUAAAGCUAAACAAACCUUUAUCGAUCAAAUAAAAAAGUCCUAUUUCAAGGAUGAAGAAGUUUCCCAUAAUACCCUACAAGGCUAUAUAGACUAUUUCUCUGAUUCCAUGUUCAAGUAUGCAAUAAUCAAGUCAGCCAAACACUACGCAGGGAAAUCUAACCAACCUGUUUAUUUGUACGAAUUUACUUACGUUGGAAAAUUGAAUAUGAAGCAUCAGUACAUGGAUAGAGUAAAAGGCGCUAGUCAUAGAGACCAGAGUGCCUACGUCUUGGAUUUCCUAGAUUAUACUAUCAGCUACCGAGAUAUGGACACUCGUGACCGCAUGACUACGAUGUGGAGUGACUUUGUUAAAUAUUCUGAUCCGACGGCCUACGAGAGCACACUGAUCAACGUCAAAUGGCUGAGACACAGCGUAAACGAACAGAAUUAUUUAGAAAUUGGCAAUAAAUUGAAAAUGAAGAAGGAUUUAUUCGAAAAAAGAUACCAGUUUUGGGAUAGAGUUUACAGCAAGUACUAUUGGAAUCCGACUGCCCAGGUGGCUGGCGAAAAUAAAAAGAAAUAAAAAAAGUAAAAAGA